UUCCUCUUCCCUUCAGUCGCGGCGCAUCAGCAGUAAUGAGGCUGCAGCUCGGAGAUGUACUUGACCCACUCAACACGGAGUCUAGUUAGAACAGCCAGCAGCAGUUUGGACCUUUCUUGUGUUUGUCGGAGAUUAGUAAUCAUCACUGAAGCCGUCGGUACCGCCUGAUAGGAUGAACACCAUUCACACGCGCGUGAAAAGCAAGCGGACCGAGGCGCACCUCGGAGCGGAGAGGGAUAAUUUUGACAAGCAGCAGCUCAGCAGCAUCAGCAAAGCCAUAAACUCCACAGAAACGCCCGUGAAGGAGAAACAUGCACGCCGAAUCAUCCUGGGGACACACAGGGAGAAGGGAGCCUACACCUUCUGGUCCUACGCCCAGGGCUUUCCUCUGGCCAGCAGCUCCAUCCUGGGCUGGAAGUUCUGUCACGUACUGCACAAAAUCCUGAGAGAUGGACAUCAUAAUGUGCUACAAGACUGCAUGAGACAUCACAGUUCUCUGGUUGAAGUUGGAAAACUAUGGGGUCAGAUCCAUGACAAAUAUGGACAGCUGGUGGUUCUGUACACCAAGCUGCUCUGCAAAAAACUGGAGUUUCAUUCAAAGCAUGCAGAAAUCCCCCCAAACCUGGAGGUCACAGAUGAAGUCCUCGAGCGAACUGCAGGUUCAGACGUUAGUAAUGUGUUCCAGCUCACAGUGGAGGUGUUUGAUUACAUGGACACAGAGCUGCGACUGGCCGAGACAGUGUUGCGGCAAUUGAACUCGUCCAUUGCCGUUAGCAGUCUUACAUCAGGUCAGUGCCGCCUGGCUCCCCUCAUCCAGGUCAUUCAAGACUCCAGCCAGCUCUACCACUUCACAGUCAAGCUGCUGUUCAAGCUGCAUGCCUGUCUCCCUGCUGAUACCCUACAAGGUCAUCGCGAUCGUUUCCGCGAGCAGUUCAACAGUCUUAAGAACUUCUUUAACAGAACCAGAGAGAUGGUGUUCUUUAAGAGACUGAUCCAGAUUCCCAGGCUGCCUGAUUCUCCGCCUAACUUCCUGCACGCAGCCUCCCUGGCCAAACACGUCAAGCCGGUGGUGGUCAUCCCUGAUGAUGACGAACCAGAACAAGAUGAAGAUGAUGAACCAGAGCCGCUCGUUGAAGUCAGUCACACCUCAGCAUCUAAUGUUCAGACACAGCCACAGCAAAUGGACAUAUUCGAUCAGACAUUUGGACCUCCAAAUGGCGGCUUUGAUGAAAGGGAUCUGCAGAUCGAGUGCCUGAAGACGGAGCUUGAAAUGUUGAGAGCGGACCUGGAGAGGAUGAAAUCAGAGGCUCAACGCUAUGUCACGCAGCUCAAAUCCCAAAUCAACAGUUUGGAGGCCGAAUUGGAUGAGCAGCGCGUGCAGAAACAGCGUGCUCUUGUGGAAAACGAGCAGCUGCGCAUGGAGCUGGACACAACGCACCUUCGAAUUGCAGAACACGAGAGCUUACAGAUCACCUUCAUCGAGGCGGAGAAAAAGGCUCAGGCCACCGAGCAGCGUUACAACAAGCUGAAAGAGAAGCACACCGAACUGGUGGCCAGCCACGCUGAGCUGCUCCGCAGGAGUGCAGACACUGUGAAGAUGCUGUCGGUAACCCAGCAGACCCAGGAGGAAGUGGAGAGGACCAAACACCAGCUGUCCUUUGAGGUGGAACGGAUCAAACAGGAGUCAGAGAUGAAGUUAGAAGAGCAGAGGUUUGAGGUGGAGCGAGUGAGAAGAGAGCUGCAGGAGAAGAUGGCAGAAGUGAUGCAUAUCAAAGCAAAUCUGCAAAGCAGUGAAAAGACGUCGGAGCAAAUGAGCAGCUCAAUGACAGCUCUGCAAGCGGAGAAGGAGCGUCUGAUGCGAUCUGUGAGUGAGAAGGAGGCGGAGCUGUCGUCUCUGCGGCAGGCGUCGCAGCUGCAGCAGUCGUCACUUCAGCAGGAGCGAGAGAGGAGCAGCAGGGAGCUGGGAGAGCUGCAGGGCAAGCUGAAGGAGAAGACGAGCCAAGAAGAGCAGAUGAAGAAGAAGCUUCUGGAAGAGCAGUUUGCUUUGCUGCAGGGAGCCAUAGCAGAAGCUGAAAACAUCAUCCAGGAUGCUGCUGCCAAGCUGGAUGAUCCUCUCCACAUACGCUGCACCAGCUCUCCGGAUUACCUCAUAAACCGGGCAGAGGCCACGCUGAGCUCCAUCGACAAAGUGAAAAAGGGCCAUGCAGAUUAUCUGCAUAACAUGUUUGAUGCUGGAGGACUGCUGAGAGCUCUGACCCAGUUCUCUCACUUGGCUGCGGACACAAUCGUUAACGGCAGCGCUACCGCACACAUGGCACCCACUGAUCACGCAGAUAGACUGACGGAAAAUUGCAGAAGCUGUGCCACACAGAGUCUUGAUUACCUGAAGGAUUUGAAGUCCAAGGACACCCUCCAGAAGGCAGAUCCAGCUUCUGUUCGCAUAAUCGUACAGAAGAUCCUGCAUUUGGGUCAGGAGCUGCGGCCUAAAGGAAUGGACAUCCGUCAGGAGGAGCUGGGCGAUCUAGUCGAUAAGGAAAUGGCAGCAACAUCAGCAGCUAUUGAAGAGGCAGUUCGUAGAAUUGACGAAAUGAUGAAUCAGGCACGAAAGGAUACAUCUGGAGUUAAACUGGAGGUCAAUGAAAGGAUUCUUUUUAGCUGCACAGAUCUGAUGAAGGCUAUUCGCAUGCUCAUCAUCGCAUCCACGGACCUGCAGAAGGAGAUUGUCGAGGGCGGGAGGGGUGCAGCCAGCAUUAAGGAGUUUUACGCUCGAAACUCUCGUUGGACCGAGGGACUCAUCUCUGCUGCCAAGGCUGUGGGAUGGGGAGCCUCAGAGUUGGUAGACUCUGCUGAUAAGGUGGUGCUGCACAUGGGUAAAUAUGAGGAGUUGAUCGUCUGCUCUCAUGAAAUCGCUGCAAGCACGGCUCAGCUGGUGGCUGCCUCAAAGGUCAAAGCGGAUCGCAAUAGCACAAAGCUGACCGUUCUCCAGCAGGCCUCUCGCCUUGUCAACGAGAUGGCAGCUAAUGUGGUGGCUUCCACAAAGACGGGCCAGGAGAACCUGGAUGACAAAGAAACCAUGGAUUUCUCUGGGAUGUCUCUGAUUAAGUUGAAAAAAGAAGAGAUGGAGUCACAAGUGAAGGUGCUAGAACUGGAAACUCAACUGGAGAACGAGCGCCUCCGUUUGGGUGAGCUGAGGAAGAAGCAUUAUGAUUUGGCUGGAGUUCCUUCAGUGCAGGUUUCUGAGGGGAACGAGGAAACCUCCUCGCUAUUCCGUUCUGCAACCAUGUCACCCAAGCCUAUCAAACCUGCUCCCAUGAGGAAACCUCCACUGGCUCAAAAACCCGGCAUCCCACCAAAGCGUUGAAGUAAAAAAGGAGCAAAGGCCGAGAAUAUCCGACUACGAGAUGCCUGGAUUGCAAGUUUCUUGUAGUUGCAUGUCGACAGUUUUGUGUUGUCAAAUUUCUUAUUGUUUUCGUAAUUGGUCCUUUUUAUUUUUGCCAAAAUGGCUCAGAAGCCAGGUGUUGUUGUUUUUUUUUACCCUUUAUGCCUACAGGGGUACAUCUUUACCCCUUUGACUUUUUCUACAUAACGCAUUAUAUACAUAUAUUUAAAUUUUAAUAUUUAACAUUAAGAACACACUUUUUUCCAUUUCAGACUAAUUUUAAAUUAUUUUCUGCAUUAAAGAACUACUACUAGUUUCUCUUUUUUAGAAUACAAACUUUAACAUUGACCAGAAUCCAAUAACCUAUGUUGUACUUGGUGGUGAACAGCUAGAUUUGAUCAUGUUUAAUCCAGCCUUUUUGCACACCAUUUUGAACGUUCAUUGUUGAGCACAUCACACUUUUUAAUGAAAACUGCUGUAUUGCUGUUUCAUGAUUUGAGGGUGGGAAAGGAAACUGGGGAAUCACUUUGUGUGUCCGUGUUGCUGCAGAAGUUUGACAUACCUCUAGCUUUGCCUUCAUGUGCAAAUAGCUUUCUUAAGAUUGUCUUUGAGGCCUUGAAAUAUACUUUACAAAUGCAUUAAAUAAUACUUGUAAAGAUAUGCAGUCUGUAUAAGAAGGUGCAAUUAAUUCUACAUUUAUCUCUUGAAUGUCCCUUUACAAAACAAUAGUUAAUGCCUAUAUGUAGAUGUAAUGCUUGCAGACAAAGUAUAUUGGAUGUAGGUGUACUUAUCAAAUGCUUCUUUUUAGGCAAAUAUAAAAAUGUUGGGUUAGUUAAUAUACAACAUCAAGAUGUCCAUUGCCACUGGAAGCCUUUCUUACGGAGUCCUAAAAUUUUUAUGUUCUGUCCUUUCCUCUGUUUGAAAUGUCUUUCUACUCUCAGAACUGUUAAUAUAUUUUAGUAAAGAUGUUGGUGGCUUUCCCUUGUAAGAAGUGUAAAUGUCAUACAAAUAAUAAAUGUUUGAUUUUA